AUGCGUGCUGUUUUGGGAACAACCCAGAUACCGGGAUCCGUAUCUGUCCUCCGUAGUGACGAAAGAUGCUGCAAUGAUUUUGAAUGGCGUGUCUGCGAGGAUGUCGAGGGGCAUGCAUUUGGCGGGUCUCGCUGGCGGGCUGGCCCGGUUGGAGGCAUUUGUUGGAUGCAACUCGCUGUUUGUUCCAACAUCGACGGCAUUGGUCUAGGGCGUUUCUUACUACAUGAUGAUAGCGAUGUUGAAUAUCGCUGUCGAUUGGCUAGGGAUUCCAUCAUCGUUGGCCGCUGCUAUCCGGUGAUCCAGCCGUGGCGUGCUCAUGGUUCGUGUGUAGCGACUACAACCUUAUUAGCUUUUCCCUGCUUAGUUUGGCUUGCUUCUUGCGUUGAUCGCCGAUGUGUGGUCGAACAAUUUAUACUAGGAACCGGGUCAUGGUGCGCGAUAGGCCACUAG